CUCUCUUGAGAAGGAGUUGGGAUUUGAAAGUUGGAGCUGCCAGGGAACCCGUGGUGUUUUGACGCGGAAACAUUCGCGUGAGUGUGUGCGGGUUGGUGUUUUGAUAAGGUAAAGGGAGGUGAAUGAAGGAGACUGGAGCAACAUCUGGACGCCCCUGACUGUCUCUUGGUGUGAUGGAUGCAGAGGUGUUGCUGCAGGAGGAGGACAUGGAGGGCUCGUGGAUGCUGCUGUCCUGGCUGGCGUCUUGCAUCAUGGUGUUCGGGGGAGCUUUGCCCUAUGUGCCACAGUACCAGGAGAUCCAUAGGAGCAGCACCAGUGAGGGCUUUUCCACCAGAAUCUGCCUGGUGCUGCUCAUAGCCAACAUCCUGCGCAUCUUCUUCUGGAUAGGGAAGCAGUUUGAGCUCACCCUGCUGCUCCAGAGUGUGGUGAUGAUCCUCACCAUGUUUGCCAUGCUCCACCUCUGCUGCACGGUCCAAAACGCCAACCGAGUGAGCACCAAGCAACACCGACUUUCAGAAUUGGACUUUCGCUACUUCUGGAAGUGGAGCGCGUUUGAGGACUACCUGCUCUUUUGCUUCGGCUUCACUGUGCUGUGUGCGGUGGUCACCCUGCUGCUGCUGGACUCUGCUCUGUUUGUGGAGACGCUGGGCUCCCUGGCCGUGAUGUUUGAGGCCAUGCUGGGUCUCCCUCAGCUGCUGCAAAACUUCGACAACCACUCCACCAAAGGCAUGAGUGGUCCCUUGGGCAGUGGACAAGGUGAAAGGCAGCAGAGGAGGCUGGGACAAGAAGAUAACGAGACAGCAGCUGACAGAAGGAGCGGCAGAGAAGGGACGGAGGAUGAAGAUUUAGAGUGUGAAGAUGGUGCUGCUGUGGAUGGCUGGCGACGUCUUCAAGACAACCUACUUUGUGAUGAAUGAAAGCCCGACUCAGUUCUGGGUUUGCGGUUCAGCCCAGAUCCUAAUCGACGUGGCCAUCCUGCUGCAGGUCGUUUUCUACAGCCAAGACACACGGGCCAAGCUAGGUUGAACAUGGCUGUUGCUUUGGGCAACAUAAAAACCAGGGCUUGUGUGUAAAUUUCAGCGAGGCUUUUUAAUAAAAUGAGCUACAAAGUUGA